CUAUAAUACAACUUGAAGCUUGCAUUUUUUCUUCAGUUCUUUCAGCUCGAGGGAGUUAGCCAAUAGAUAUCUAGGGGAAGAAUGUUCCAGGUGGAAGGAACAACCAGUGCAACAAUCACAAGGUGGCAGCAUGUCUUGUGGGUUUGAAGAUCAUAAAGGAAGCCAGCACACUAGGAAAUGAAGGAACCUGGGGGAGAAUGGGAGGAGAUGAAGUCAGAGAGACAAUGGGGACCUGAUCAUGUAGGGUCUUAUAGGUCAUGGUAAAGAUAUUGGCUUUCACUCUGAUAUAAUGAGAAGCAACUGUAGGGCUUAGAGGGAGCACUCUUGCUACUUUCAGGACAAUAGACUUAGGGUGUGAUAUGUAUUAUUGAACAAUUAUGGAGACCAGUUAGGAAGCAAGUAAAAGAUGAUUGUGGUUCCUGUAGAGGUGGCGAGAAGUAGAUUCUGGUUACAUGGUGAAUGUAAAGACAAAAGGAUUUCUUAAUGGAUAAGGUAUAUUAGAUUUGAGAGAAAGAAGAAUGUAGGAUGACUCCAACGUUUUUAGGCUGAGAAAAUAGGAGAUCAUAAUUUCCAUCAAUGGAGAUAGAAGGCUUGCAAAAAGAUAUAUUUUUUUCUGAGGAAAGAGGAGAAGUUGAGUUUUGGACAUGUUGAGGUAGACAGAGCAGGUAUUCAUUCAUUCCUUUUUUCCACAAACAUUUCCUGAAUGUAUACUAUGUUAGAAAUACGGAACUAGUCAAUACUAUACAACCGAAGUCAGGAGCCUUACCUUCAAGCAACUCCCAGCCUAGUGGAGAGAAUAGAAAUGUACAUAAAUAAUUACAGAACAAUGUCAUAAGCAUCAUGAUGACACUGUGUGCCAGAUGCAAUGGAAACACAGAAGCUACAGACAUGCUGAGAAACUGAGGUCCUGAAAUGUUAUUUGAUUGAUCUAAGUUCAGUUAGUAUAUAGAACAGCUGGGAUCUGAGUACUGUUCCUCUGACUCCCUAGACUUGGAAACUUUCUUAUAUCAUGCAAUUUGUGUUCUUGCAGAGUCAAUCACUUCCUUGGUGCUUGAGGCAGAGGUUCCAUGGGCACCAAGAACAACGUGACUGAGUUUGUUUUACUUGGCCUUUUCCAGAGCAGGGAGAUGCAGCAUGCCUGCUUCAUCAUCUUCUCCCUCUUUCAUGUGCUCACCAUCCUGGGGAACCUUCUGGUCAUUGUAACCAUCAAUGCCAGCAAGACCCUGAAUGCUCCCAUGUAUUUCUUCCUCAGCCACCUGUCUUUUGUUGACAUGUGCUACCCAUCUUCUACUAUACCCAAGAUGAUUGCAGGCACUUUCAUGGAGCACAAGAUCAUCUCCUUCAAUGGCUGCAUGACCCAGCUCUUUUCUGCCCACUUCUUUGGUUGCACUGAGAUCUUCCUUCUCAUAGCCAUGGCCUAUGACCGCUAUGUGGCCAUCUGUAGGCCCCUACACUAUGCAAUCGUCAUGAAUCGGCAGAAGUGUAGUCUAUUGGUGGGAGCCUCUUGGGGGGUUAGUUUCUUGCAUUCCAUCCUGCAGACCCUCCUCACCGUCCAGCUGCCCUUUUGUGGGCCCAAUGAAAUUGACCACUUCCUCUGUGAUGUUAAUCCCCUGCUGAAGCUUGCCUGUGCAGACACUUAUAUGGUGGGGCUCAUUGUGGUGGCCAACAGUGGCUUGAUCUCUUUAGUCAGCUUCCUCAUUCUCAUCAUUUCCUAUGUGGUCAUCUUACUGAACCUGAGAAGCCGGUCAUCCAAGAGCAGACACAAGGCUCUGUCUACAUGUGGCUCAUACAUCAUCACUGUCCUUUUGGUUCUUGUGCCCCCCAUGAUUGUGUACAUUCGUCCUUCCACCACCCUGGCUGCUGACAAAUUUAUCAUCCUUUUCAACAUUGCAAUACCACCCAUGUUGAACCCUGUUAUUUACACGCUGAGAAAUAAUGAGGUAAAAAAUGCCAUGAAGAAACUGUUUAGGGUCAAAGAAUACUCAGGGAAGUAGUGAGAGUCCAGGGAAUCUCCAUCCAUCCUGGAAACUGUAAGACUUCCCAUUCUGUUGCAUCUAAUAUAGGCUUCAUAUCUCCAGUUUUAUGCAUGCAAUGAAAAUUGUCCUUCUAACUCUUUUCAUAGUAAAAACAGUCCCACUUAUUCAUCCAGUUCUUCAGUCAUCAAAUAUUUAUUGAGUGGCAAUGAGUGAGGCACUAGGGAUACAAGUAGAAGUAAGA